GCUUCCUUCAGUGCAACUCAAGUCACCUUCUGCUUGACUGGGGCUCAGGUAAUGAGAUUUUAUUUUUUGAGCAAUCUAGGCAGUCAACGCCAAAUCUUCGCAAUAUACCAGACAAUCUCAGCAGGCGAGCCCAAAUCGUCCCAACGAAUACCUCACGUCUAGUCUACGCCCUUAAACCUGUCGCAUAAUGCUCAAAAGAGGGUAUGAGCCUGGGGAACAUCUAGGGGUUGCUUCCAGCGGUCUGAAGAGACUAAGAAUACAUCAUGACCAUGCUCCAAACUCAGGGGACAGCACCACUGGGAAAGCUUUGAGCAAUGAUGAUUAUAUUGUAGGCUGGAUAUGCGCCGUAACUACAGAGUAUGUUGCUGCACAAGCUUUCCUCGAUGAGGAACACGGCCGACCAAAGUAUGUCUGCGUCAAUGACAACAACGAUUAUACGUUAGGUAAGAUUGGGGAACACAAUGUUGUCAUUGCGAUCCUUCCUGGGUAUGGCAUAGCCCCUGCUGCAUGCGUCGCAAGAGACAUGCUGCACAGCUUUCCCAACAUUAGGAUUUGUCUGAUGGUUGGCAUUGGAGGUGGCGCACCAAGUUCAAGGCACGAUAUUCGUCUCGGCGAUAUUGUCGUCAGCACUCCGAAUGAAGGGACGGGAGGCGUAUUUCAGUACGACUUUGGCAAGACGAUACAAGACCAGAGCUUCCAACACACUGGCUUCCUGAACCAGCCACCGAUAUUCCUGCAGACAGCAGUGAACGGGCUGAAGGCCCAGUAUAUGAGUGAAGGCCACCAACUUAAUGAAGCAAUCAACAACUUUCUCGAGAAGAAGCCCAGACUCCAGCCAAUCUAUAAGCGGCCAGAUUCGGUUACCGACAGACUUUAUGAGAGCCACGUUGUUCACCCUCUACAAUACCAAGGAAGCUGUGCGGUAGUCUGUGGCAAUGAUCCGACAAAAUUGAUAAAACGAAGGGAGCGAGGUGAACAUGAAGACAACCCAGCAAUCCACUAUGGCACAAUUGCUUCAGCAAGCCAGUUAAUGAAUGAUGCGUUUAUUCGAGAUAAACUCGCAGCAGAAAAGGGUGUUCUCUGCUUCGAAAUGGAAGCAGCAGGGCUGAUGAACCACUUUCCUUGCCUGAUUAUCCGCGGAAUAUGCGACUACUCAGACUCGCAUAAGAACGAUGACUGGCAAGGCUAUGCAGCAAUGGCGGCAGCUGCAUAUACAAAAGAUCUUCUUUCUCGAAUCCCUCCGAAUACGGCCGAGAGACAGAAGAGGAUAGCCGAACAUCUCUCCGGCGAUCUAGUCACGACUGCUAGCGAAAUGGCCGGCUCGCAAAAGAAUAAAGAAUGGCAGGAAAAUGCAUGCGACUGCUCAGAUCCUCACAAGAGCAAGGAAUGGCAGAGGUAUGCUGCAGCAAUCGCGGCCGCAUAUGCGAAGCUACCCGUGGCCGAAGCAAAUGCAAAAGUUACAUGCAUACCCAAUUCUCCGAACAGAGAAAGCCGCGACGCAUUUAAGAUCGAACGGGGGAACUUUGACGUGGAAUUGGUUCCCUUCUUUACGGAACGGUCUUUAGAAAUCCACCAGAUACGGCAGCUUUUCCAGCCGAGUCGUUCAAGGACUACCGUGGUUUUGCAUGGUUUAGGUGGCAUCGGCAAGACACAGAUCGCUCUGAAAUAUGCCAACGACUACAAAGAUGAAUACUCUGCCAUUUUUUGGGUUAAUCACCGAAGUACAGACACUGUGAAGCAGAGUCUAUUCGCAGCCGCAGAGCGAGUCCAUCGAAAAUACCCCUCCUGGGCGGACUUGAAAGAGGCUUUAGAAUCCAAUGAUAUCAACAAGGCAUGCUUGACCGUCAUUGACUGGCUGAGUCAGGAUCAAAAUAAUCAAUGGCUCGUCAUUUGCGAUGGCUAUGAUCAGUGUCAGAUGGACGACUCCAAGCAGGAGAAUUGGGAUCUUCACAGAAUGCUCCGAGCUCACCAUGGCCACGUACUCAUCACAUCCAGAUGGCGACAAUCGGACCUAUGGCACCAUGUCCAGAUAGAAAAAUUUACGGACUUGAGCCAUGGAGUAGACUUACUGCUCAAGCGUUCCGACCGGCCAUCCUUACGUAACGGUGAGUGAGUCUUCUCCACUCGCAUUGAACUGUGACAUUAAUGUGGCUUUAGAUCCAGAUAUACAAAGACUGGCAGAAACAUUAGAUGGACUGCCACUCGCUUUAGUGGCAGCGGGUGCCUACCUAGGCAUUUCCCUAUUCAGCUGUUCAAAAUAUCUACGUGUGUACAAUGAAUCAU